AUGCCUACUUCUUCCGCUUCUCAGGACCUUCAGCACCAUUCCGGUUUUCUUCCUCACUUAGAACUUCCCGAAACGCAGUCUUCAUUCGCCAGAACCAGCAUCUUUGAUAACACAGAGGACAGCGGUGAUGAAGAUCUUGAGAUGUAUGUGUCAAAGUCCCGGACACCGGGAGGGCUUGAUGUGAUUCAGUCAGCACCGGCUACUAUACAGCAAAUUCAGAAGGCCACCCAUGAAACCCUCAUCCGGCUCAAAAAUACCGCAUACACCAACCUCCACAACAAGCAUCAAAGCUUGCGGCAACGUUAUGAAACUCUCAAGGAACGCCUUCAGCAAGAGAGCAUGAAGUCGGUGCUAUGGCAGAAGGAAGCUCAGUGUCGGGUAGAGGAGUGCCAGCACCUACGCCAGGAGAACCUGGCCUGUCUGGCUCUGCUUAGCAACAAACAAGAACACGUUCAAGCGCGCUCCAUGUCUGUCAAUCCCGAAACCACCGGACCGCCCUCUGUAGACCACGCAUACGAGACCCCACCUGAGCAGGCGUACGGCAUCAAAUACUGGGAAAAGGACGACUGGACGGCGAUGACACAGAAUGCGACUGCUCGCGUUCGUGCAUCCAACAUGGUCUGGACCUACAUGGAGGAUGAGCAUGGUGACCUCAUCCCAGCCUCACGCUUCAAGAGCAUGCUCAAGCAACAGUACGCGGUGUUUCACCAGCUCAACAAGGAGAAGAUCGCUCCCCCGAAUUGGGGAAACGCGCACGAAAAUGCCCGACUAUACCAUCGGGUUACGAUGUGCAAGAUGUUUCCGGAGCUCGCGCAAGGCAGCGCGUUCUGGAAGGUCAACCAGCUCGCUACUGAUUAUUAUUCCAAUUUUGCCGCGUCUCAUGUGAAGGGUAAAGGCGGCGUCAAGCGCGAAGGAGACGGCGACGCAACAGCUCUCCCUCCGAAACCAUCCAAGCGUGCGAAGACAUCGACCGCCAGCACGCGCGAUGUGCUCGACUCGGAGACUCCGACAUCGGCCGCGACUACACUUCGGCCACCCGUGUCUGCGGCGGGGCUGCCUUACCCGACACCGGCUCUUACGGGCUCUGAACUACCUGUCGCGCCACGGCCCUCUGCACCUGCGACUGUGACUGCACUGAGCACGCCCACUGCUGUGUCUUCGUCUACAUCUGCGCCCGGUGUACCAUCUGUGUCCUCUGCAUCACUCGGGCCUGCAUCCACCACAUCUGCGUCUGCCACGCCUGCAUCUGUCUCUGUCGCGUCUGUCGCGUCUGUCGCGUCCGCGUCUGUCACCGUCGCAUCUGUCGCGGCCGCGUCUGCCUCCGUCGCGUCUGCGUCCAUCACGCCUGGAUCCGUCGCGUCUGCGUCCGCGACGUCCGACGACUCAACCGUGCCCCUCUCGGAUGUGUUCGAUGAUCAGUCUGCUCCGGAUAUCUCUGCUCAGUCUGCAUCGACCUCCCCUGCCACUGCCGUCCCCACACCUGAUGCCCCUGUACAUGCAGUCUUGCCAGCGGCCGAGUCGCCCGCUGUGUCUAGGGCGCGCAGCAGACCCAACCGUGUCAACCCACUAUCUCACAGCGCGAACAUCACGAUCCGUGCGCCUGUGCCCGCAGACCCCUCUUUGGAUAAAGUCCCCGAAGUGAAGGCUUCCCCUGCGGUCCCGCCGAGCACCAUCAGCACACCGUCGAACGCCAAACCAAAGAAGUCGACUGCGCUGAAAACCAUUCGCCCGCAUCCGACCAGUGUGUCCGCGCGGAAUAUCUGCCUCAUCGACUACUUGAAGAAUCAUCCGGACGCCUGCAAAGAAGACUUUGAUGCACAUUUCGUUGGACUAGACAGUGUAUCCCGAAAGGCCCUCGAAGACCGAAGUAAGGAGGCCGCAAAGGCCCGGAAGGUCGCGCGCGCCGGCAUGGGCGAAGAGGCUGAAGUCGACAAGUAA